GGCCGCGUCUCCUCAGUUCCUCGCGGGCGGUGGCUGCGGCCGCGGCGGCGCUACAAGUUUUGACAUUUUGGCGGCGGAGGAGCGCGCCGGCCUUUCGGAGCCGACGGCUGUGCCAGCCGCCGACCCUCGAGGGCCCUUCAGCCGCGCCCCGGCGCUCCCGCAGCCCAGAGUCGGGCGGCCACGAGGCCCGGCCGCGUCUUCCCGCGUUCGCCGGCCGGGCGGCUGCAGCCAUGUCACGGGGGCCGGAGGAAGUGAACCGGCUCACGGAGAGCACCUACCGGAAUGUUAUGGAGCAGUUCAAUCCUGGGCUACGAAAUUUAAUAAACCUAGGAAAAAAUUAUGAAAAAGCUGUUAAUGCUAUGAUCCUUGCGGGAAAAGCGUACUACGAUGGAGUGGCCAAGAUUGGUGAGAUUGCCGCCGGGUCCCCCGUGUCGACAGAGCUGGGCCAUGUUCUCAUAGAGAUUUCAAGUACCCACAAGAAACUCAAUGAGAGUCUUGAUGAAAAUUUCAAAAAAUUCCAUAAAGAAAUUAUACAUGAGCUGGAGAAGAAGACAGAACUUGAUGUAAAAUACAUGAAUGCAACUCUCAAAAGAUACCAAACGGAACACAGGAAUAAAUUAGACUCUCUGGAGAAAUCUCAAGCAGAGUUGAAGAAGAUCAGAAGGAAAAGCCAAGGAGGACGAAAUGCACUCAAAUACGAACACAAAGAAAUUGAGUAUGUAGAAACUGUUACGUCUCGCCAGAGCGAAAUCCAGAAAUUUAUUGCAGAUGGUUGCAAAGAAGCUCUACUUGAAGAGAAAAGGCGCUUCUGCUUUCUGGUCGACAAACACUGUAGCUUUGCAAAUCACUUACAUUAUUAUCAUUUACAGUCUGCAGAAUUACUAAAUUCCAAGCUGCCCCGGUGGCAGGAAACCUGUGGUGACGCUACCAAAGUGCCUGAGAAGAUCAUGAAUAUGAUCGAGGAAAUAAGGACCCCAAGCUCUACCCCCGUGUCCGGGACGCCCCAGCCCUCACCGAUGAUUGAGAGAAGCAGCAUGGUUGGGAAAGAUUAUGACACUCUUUCUAAAUAUUCGCCAAAAGUGCCCCCAGCUCCUUCAGCCAGAGCAUAUACUAGUCCUUUGAUCGAUAUGUUUAAUAACCCAGCAACAGUUGGACAGAAUUCAGAAAAGAUAAAGAAUUCAACAGAUUCUUCAGAUGAUCCCAGUUUACAGCGAUCAGUUUCUGUUGCAACUGGACUGAACAUGAUGAAGAAGCAGAAAGUAAAAACCAUUUUUCCGCACACCGCCGGCUCCAACCAGACCCUGCUCAGCUUCGCCCAGGGAGACAUCCUCACGCUGCUUGUCCCAGAGGAGAAGGACGGCUGGCUUUAUGGAGAGCACGACACCACCAAAGUGAGGGGCUGGUUCCCAGCAUCCUACACAAAGUUGCUGGAAGAAGAUGCAGAGGAGGCCCUGAGCGUGCCCACACCAAGCCCGGCCCCGGUGAGAAGCAUCAGCACCGUGAACUUAUCGGAGAAAAGCCGCGUCGUCAUCCCCCCACCGGAUUACCUGGAAUGUUUGUCCUUGGGAGCGGCUGCAGAUGAGAGAGCAGAUGGUUCCACAAGUAUCUCUACUUUUAAAGCGCCGGUGUCCAAGCCAGAAGCCACAUCUCCUAACGAUGCAAAUGGGACAGCAAAGCCUCCUUUCCUCAGCGGGGAAAACCCCUUUGCCACUGUGAAACUCCGACCGACGGUGACAAACGACCGCUCCGCGCCCAUCAUCCGAUGAAGGCGGGCUCGGGAACGCCCGUUCCUCCGACGUGAAGUUCCCGCUUGGAGAAUGACACCGGUCGGAUGCGCGCUGUAACUGUUGUAAAGCUUCGCCAAAGGGUGCCUGAUUUUAACUGUAUUCUACUUGAGCAAAUCAACACGUUCUCUCAGUUUAACAUAGUUGGGUUGAUACAUUUCUGUCUUUAAGAAGAUAAAAAGUAAUAGUUUAGUGAUCAACUCAAUCAUUUAAAAUACCUAUUCUGUUCAUCUGAAGGCAGUAAAUUUGGUUCCAAUCCUUACUGUAUCAUUUUUUAAAUAUUCUGAUUUUUUUUUUAAAUAGCCAGAGUAAGGGAUAGUCUGUGCUUUCAUGACUGGCUUUCCGCAUCCGAAUGCAGAGGAGACCACAGUUUUAUUUUAUAAAGCAUGUGCUCUUACCUAGCAUUAUGACGUUUAUCUAAAAGAAAUGUGUAAAUUUGCAUCUUAGCAUGCAAAUCAUAACUGUAAGCAAUAUAAAUUAUGAGAUUAUAUAAAAAGCUUUUAACUUAAAAAUUUUAAAUUGUUUAAUCAAACGUAGAGCUACGUAGAUGGAGGAAUCCCCAAGCUGCCCUCGAUUUAGACGUAGCUGUAGAGCACACAGACGUCUCGCCUGCUCCUGUCACAGCCAUGACGUUUAGUGCUCCUGCAUCUCCGGAGCUACUGGGCUCGGCAGGUCGGAGUUACGGACUGGACUGACCAGUGACCACACAUCAGGCCCUGCUACACUUGGGCCUGACUCACGUGCGGGCGAGGGCCUGCUGUGAGCAAGUGUCCCCGCGGCGCCAGCUGCCCGAAGUUGCCUCUGUCGCUAGUGAACUCGGAAACAUCCUGGGGUCCAAGUUUCUCCAUUUCUGAAUCGUUCUGACGCCUGCCCCUCCAAAGAGCAUGUAGGAAGCCAGAAGCCUGAGUGCUGUUGGUGAGGAGGGGAAGGUCUGGUUUUCGUCUGAGACCUGCCAUCGUGGCCUCCGAAUCGGGAAGUCCGCGCCCGUGGCCACCUUCCCCUCUGGCUGCAAGAGACCGGCACCGGUUGGGAGGAGGGCUCAGUGCGCCGCGCGGCCAGCCCCUGCCCUGUGCUGGCGCCAGGAGGGCCUCGUUUAUCACAGCAACUUGGCUCUCGCCAUAAAUCCAGCCGUUUUCUAUAAGCUUCAGAGUGGUCAGUCAAAUGCAGGUAAACCAGUGGAAGCAUGUGACACUUAACGUUCUUGGUCCUGUCCUGCCUGCCCAGUGAACCCGGCCACCCCACCCAGGGCUGAGUUCUGUGGGCAAACGCCCGACCUGAGUGAAGACGCGCCAGCCGGUCCAGUAAAGACAAGACAGAAGGACGUCUUCUCCCACCAUCUGAGUAAGAGGAGGGUUCAUGGAAACGCAGCGAUCUCUGUGGUGGGGGUGAGGCCGCCCUGGCCUCCAGGGCUCUGCUCCUUCGGGAUCCUCGGGCUUUGUUACGGAGAUUCUCAGGAGAUUCUCAGGCGCCUGCGUCUCAGCCCUCACAGAAUUGGGGGGAGGGGGGGC